AUGCAAAUAUAUGAAAGAGUAAUUCUUCUGGCUUUGGAUGGUCUCGCUAUCCAGCCUACUGACAGUGCUCAAAUUUGGAUUCUCACUAAGACCAAAUUACCAAUAUUUCCUCUUUGUAAUGAUUC